CACCCCAACGUGCUGGGUGUGGCGGCAGGGAGGAAGGGGGGCUGGGUUGGGGUCUGAGUUGGCGCUGAGGGGAGGAUGCAGGACCCGCGCCCAGCGCCCAGAUUGCCAGGGUCUCUCGGCCUCUUCGGAAGCUCGAAGGCCGACCUCCGUGUCCCGUCCAUAUCUUAUCGUGUCCCUGCCUGUGACCAGGGAUCUCUCCUAUUUUGCUGCUGGCUGGCGGACCCGCACAGUGCUUCGGGGGCCCGGACAGGGUGGGGCGCAAGCGCGGGAGGAGAUGUGCAACGGCCUUGAGUGAAGAUUGAUCUUUGUUAAAAUGGUUGCCACCGGCGUCAUUAUGACCAUCAAAGUUAUCGCCAAGAGGCUCAGCCUCCAAGCUCAGGCCGCAGGAAGCAGCAGCAAGGCUGGUACGCGACUCUCCGCGCCCAGACUCAGCACCGGGCAUACUCAGGGCCACAGGCCAAACCCCCGGGCGAACAGAACCGGCUCUGAGCGGGCAAAGGACCGGAGCCUUCCUCCUCACUUCUUGUCUCUUCUCGCCUCCUACCUGGAUCUAUUUGUCUGCUCCGAAGCCGCCUUCAUUACCCACUGACAGGAGCGUGUAUUUAUUUGCUUAUAAACCUGUUACAAUAAAUGAUUAUUCGAACGGCGUCAUUCGUACCUUAAUGACGAGCGAGCGCUACUUUUUGAUGAAUGACAUCUCGGGCUCGGAAGGAUGUAUGGGUCAUUUUGACCAGUCAUUCCCUCGCUCUGGCAUCCCACAAUUUUUCCGCCUCCCUCCAAAAGAGAUAAUAAUAUUUAGAGGCGCUCGCUGGGGCUGAAUGAGAAUUAGCCCUAGGCGCAGCCCAUCAUUAGGACGGGACAGCGGGCCACUGUGACAUUUUUUAGAAAGCUGAGAUGAUGGAAAGAAUAAGAAAAGAGAUGAUUCUGAUGGAGAGAGGGCUGCACAGCCCCACGGCCGGCAAGCGGUUCUCCAAUUUGUCCGAUUCAGCUGGCAAUGCUGUGCUCGAGGCCCUGGAAAAUUCGCAGCACCCGGCUCGCCUCAGCCCGCGCCUGCCGUCCGCCCCCCUGCACAGCGCUCUGGGAGACCUCCCUGCCAAGGGCAAAUUCGAAAUAGACACUUUGUUCAACCUGCAGCACCCGGGCAGCGAAAGCACCGUCUCCUCCGAAAUCGCCUCCGCAGCCGAAGGCCGUAAAAAGCCGGGUCAUUAUUCAGAGGCCGCCGCCGAGGCGGACAUGAGCAGCGACGUGGAGGUGGGCUGCUCCGCGCUGCGCUCCCCUGGCGGUCUCGCCGCCGCGCCGCUCAAGGAAAACAAUGGCAAAGGGUACGCGGAGAGCGGCUCUGCCGCCGGCACCACGACGUCUGCGUCGGGCUCUGGCCUUGGCAGCCUGCAUGGAGGUGGCGGCAGCGGCGGUGGCGGGGGCGCGGCGCUGGGCGGCUCCGGCUCCGGCGCGGAUCAGGUGCGGCGCUACCGCACGGCGUUCACCCGCGAACAGAUCGCGCGCUUGGAGAAGGAGUUCUACAGGGAGAACUAUGUGUCUCGGCCCCGCCGGUGUGAGCUAGCCGCGGCGCUCAACCUGCCGGAAACCACCAUCAAGGUAUGGUUCCAGAACCGGCGCAUGAAGGACAAGCGGCAGCGCCUGGCAAUGUCGUGGCCGCACCCCGCCGACCCCAGCUUCUACACCUACAUGAUGACGCACGCGGCCGCCACCGGAAGCCUGCCCUACCCCUUCCACUCGCACGUGCCGCUGCACUACUACCCGCACGUGGGUGUCACGGCUGCGGCCGCGGCGGCCGCGGCCUCCGGCGCGGCGGCCGCGGCCUCGUCGCCCUUCGCCACGUCCAUCCGUCCGCUGGACACCUUCCGUGCCCUGUCGCACCCUUACUCGAGGCCGGAGCUGUUGUGUAGCUUCCGCCACCCGGGCCUCUACCAGACGCCAGCGGCCGCCGCGGGGCUCAACAGUGCGGCCUCCGCAGCGGCGGCUGCGGCGGCUGCUGCGGCUGCAGCCUCCUCGGCCGCGGCGGCUGGGGCGCCCCCCAGCGGCGGCUCCGCGCCCUGCUCGUGCCUCAGUUGCCACAGCAGUCAAUCCGCCGCGGCGGCCGCAGCAGCCGCCGCCGCGGCCCUGGGCUCCCGAGGCGGUGGCGGCGGCGGCGGGGGUGGAGGCGGAGGCGGCGCGGGGGCCGCUGGGGGCUCGGACUUCGGCUGCAGCGCAGCGGCGCCUCGCUCCGAGAGCGGCUUCCUGCCCUACUCAGCGGCUGUGCUUAGCAAGACCGCCGUGAGCCCGCCGGACCAGAGAGACGAGGCGCCGCUCACUAGAUAACUACGUCGCCGCCGCCAGGGGGCUGUGCCCGCCACUCUGAGCGUGCCCAGGAGUCCCCUGAGCGCCCCCCGCGCCCUCCGUGCGCCCACGUGCCCUCUGCGCUCUGCCCGCUGCUAACGCUGCCGCCAGGGGGCGCCCUGGCGCGGGAGGCCGAAGGGAAGAUGCCCCGACCGAAUUGGGGGAAAAGAGCCGCGCGAAAACCCCGCGGGUGUACCCCCAAAUUUCUAUUUUUGUAUUUGCUACCCAGCCGCUUCCUCGUGUUUCCCACGGUCCGUGCCCCGUUUCCCGCCUCUGUCCGGAGCUCUUGGGUCUUCCCGAAGACAAUCCCCUUGCCCUCAAGCUAGUCCUCUCGGGUACGGCGUCCUGACCGUAAGCCCUCAGGCCCAGGUUACUCUCCUGAACCACGUGGCCAGAAGCAAUGGAGAAUCACAACAAAGAGAGGGGAACGGUGGGCCCUAGCGCCUUGUGCCGGGGGUGGGGGUGGGGCAGUCACUCCCGAGGUUCUUGCUGCUCUUCUUCUUCCAGUCUUUCUUUUCUUUAAACGAGGGUGAGGGGAGGUGGCAAUCCCCCCCCACCCCUCCUGAGCUUGUUAGGGGUCCCGUGCACGGAGAGC